AUGCGGAGUAGCUUUCGACUCGUUGAUGUAAUACUUGUAAUUACUACGUUCUCUUACAUUAUCUCGCUCCCUCUCCCUUCCUCUAUCUCUUACUUGGUCUCUUCAUCUCUCUCUCUCUCUCUCUCUCUCUCUCUCUCUCUCUCUCUCUAUCUAUCUAUAUAUAUAUAUAUAUAUAUAUAUAUAUAUAUAUAUAUAUAUAUAUCUUUCUAUCUAUCUAUCGAUCUAUCUAUCUAUCUCAGUCUGUUCAUAUCUAUCUAUCUCAGUCUGUUCGUAUCUAUCUAUCUCAGUCUUCUGUUAAUAAUAUCUAUCUAUCUAUCUAUCUAUCUAUCUAUCUAUCUAUUUCAACUGUUCUUGCCAAGCAGGCGACUGUUGAUCGAGAAGAAAACGCUUAGCCUUCUGUCGGGCGUAACUGAAAUUGCUGACGUAGUUAGAUGCAGAUCUAAAUUAGGUGAAAUUAGCCAAUCUCCAUCACGCCUUAAUAUCCGGAAUCUAUCUAUCUAUCUAUUUAUCUAUCUAUCUAUCUAUCUAUCUAUCACAGCCUGUUCGUAUCUAUCUAUCUAUCUAUCUAUCUAUCUAUCUAUCUAUCUAUCUAUCCUGUAUCCUUUUAUAAUUCUAUUAUCAUUGCUCGGCCAUGAAAGAGCCUUCAGCAAUAAACUCACUUUGUAUAACUUUCUUUAUUCUUGA